AAUCAUCGGGACAACGACACAGGUCAGCAAUGUCGACGAUCUCACAAACCAAGCCCUAAUUUUCUCUCUCUUCAUUCCCCCAAUUUGGGCUCUUGUUCUUUGCAGCCGAAUUUCGGAAAAUUGCCUCAAUUAUUGUUUGUUUUCUGGCUUCCCUUCCCCUUUGUAGGAGGCACGUUUGUUUUAAUUGCAAAGUUGUUCGAAUUCCUCUUUAGAGUUGGAUAAGGAGCGGGGUUUGGUUUCCACUUUCCAGGCGUUGUGUACCUGAGUUGACUCACUGGUCGUAUUGGUCGAGUUUGGGCUCGUUGUCUGUUAGCGAAUGAUUGGAAGUGGAUAAUAGCAAAUCUAGAAGUAAGUUUAGUUUGAAUCAUGAGUAGCAGUGACGUGGAUAAAGCUCCCAAGGAGGGGAAAGAACCAAAGGAGCCAAAAACUCCUUCUGCACAGACUUCCUCUGCAUCCGGUGCAGUUCCUGCUGAUUGGUCUGGGUUUCAGACAUAUUCUCCUAUGCCUCCACAUGGGUUCUUAGCAUCAAGUCCACAGGCACACCCCUACAUGUGGGGAGUUCAGCAAUUCAUUCCACCGUAUGGCACUCCACCACAUCCAUAUGUUGCCAUGUAUCCCCAUGGGGGCAUAUAUGCCCAUCCAACUAUGGCUCCGGGAUCUUAUCCCUUUAGUCCUUUUGCUAUGCCUUCUCCUAAUGGUAUUGCUGAAGCCUCUUGCAAUGUUCCAGGAAACAUGGAGGUAGAUGGAAAGUCAUCCGAGGGAAAGGGGAAACUGCCCAUCAAAAGAUCCAAGGGAAGUUUGGGCAGUUUAAAUAUGAUUACGGGGAAGAAUGACGAAGCUGGAAAAACAUCAGGUGCCACAGAAAAUGGUGUGCACCCUAAAAGUGGUGGGACUGCAAGUGAAGGUUCUAGUGAAGGAAGUGACGAAAAUUCUCAAAAUGAAUCCCAAGAGAAGUCUAGUGGCAGGCCAGAUUCCGCUGAACCACCUCAGAGUGGUGGUGCACCUAAUAAUUCUCAAAAUGGUACAUCUCAUGCAAUGGCAAAUCAAGCUAUGGCUAUGGUGCCAAUUCCAGCACCGGCGGUGGGGGCUGUUAGUGGUGUUCCCGGUCCCACUACCAACUUAAAUAUUGGAAUGGAUUACUGGGGUGCAGCCCAAUCAUCUGCUAUGCCCGCAAUGCGAGGAAAGGUCCCUGCUACUCCGGUAGCUGGAGGAAUUGUCGCUACAGGCUCACGAGACAACAUGCAGUCACAACUUUGGAUUCAGGAUGAAAGGGAGCUUAAAAGACAGAGAAGAAAGCAGUCAAACAGGGAAUCUGCUCGUAGAUCCAGAUUGCGCAAACAGGCAGAAUGCGACGAACUGGCCCAGCGUGCUGAAAGUUUAAAAGAGGAAAAUGCAUCUCUUAGGGCUGAAAUGGCGCGUAUGAAGAGUGAGUAUGAGCAACUCGUUGCCCAGAAUGCAUCUUUAAAGGAGAGACUUGGCGAAGUUAGUGGCGAGGAAGAUCCUAGGUGCAGUAGGGACGAGCAACGGGCAAGCAACAACGAUGCUCAGUAAUAUCUGUGGCCUGAUUAUAAUUGGUGUUGUUGCAGAAUUAGCUUGAUCUAACUUUCCAUGACAGGGAAGCUGAUAUUUAAGUAGUAUGUAGCUAAUAUUCGUCAACGCUGACCGUUUUUAGUUUCCGACGCUGCCCGUCGUUCUCGCUGUGACCAGUGUUUUGUGGCCAGGGAAGACAGGUUGUACGUAGAGGAGAGCUCGUAUAUAUGCUUUACCCCUCAAAUUCUGUCAAAAAGGGGUACUGCACUGCCGUAUUCUUAAUUAAUUUGUAUGUUGCUCAAAAUGUUUGGAUGGGAAAAAGAUAAUUUGGAGAAUAAUCUUCCUAGUAUUAUUGCAUAUGGGAUCAUUCUUUUUCAUUUGCUUUUUUCUUACAUUCUAUUCCCUAGCUUAAUUUAUGUAAACAUUCUCUACUUUAGCUUAUAACAAAACUCUCAUUUGCUUA